UACACCACACCCCAAUCCACUCAAAAAGAAGGGAAGAGUUGUAGUAGAAAUCUUAAGAUAAAAGAAGAUGGUGGCAGGAAGCUUCAGUAUUGAGAUAGAGUCCCCAGUGGAGGCAAAAAGGAUGUGGAAAGCAACCGUGGACACCCACAACUUACUGCCAAAGCAAGCACCAGCCCUCAUAUCAGGCAUCACACUUGUUCAAGGUGAUGGAGGAGUUGGCACCAUUCGACAGGUCAAUUUCACUGCAGCCAACAAGGAUUUUAGCUAUGUGAAAGAAAAAGUGGACUUAAUUGAUGAGGCUAACAUGGUUUAUGGAUUCAGCCAUGUGGAAGGAGGAAUGCUGGGGACAAAAGUGGCGUCGGUAAGCUACAAGGUUAAAUACACCCCCAAACCAGGGGGUGGAUGCAUUACGACCUAUAGCUGCAACUAUGAUAGCCUCCCUGGUGUUCCCCAUGAUGAAGCCAAAGUUGAGGAGAUCAAGGCCAACAGCACUGGUUUGUUCAAGCAGGUGGAGGAAUAUCUUAUUGCCAAUCCCACUUUAUACUGCUGAAAUCAUCACGAUCCCCCUCUUUCUCAAUGGCAGUAGUGUCACUUGCUCAAUAAAAACGUAUGUGUGUCUUAGGACAAUAGUAAAGUUUUGCAACUUUCUCAAUGUUGGUUCAAAAUCUAGCCACAGUUUGGCAUCCCAUUAGUAGCCUUCUUCCAACUAAUUAGAAAAGGAAAACAUUAUGUGUAUCUGUUGUAAUAAUGAGCCAAAGAGUGACACUUUCUUAAGCAUUUAAGCAUUCGGUUAUGGUCAUGUAAUUUUGAAAUAUAAAUAUAUAGCUCAUCUUAGUCUUA